AUGAAGAGAAAAGGGACACCAAAGAAAGGUUCUUCUGCAAGGUCAGGCACACCCAGGAAGCUAGGAAAUAAAGGAAAUAAAGACCAAGGUGAGAAGAACAAAGCAGAGUCAACCAUCGAUGAAAUCAUGCGGCUCCAGGAGAAAAUGCUCACCAGACAGAAGUCAAAUGGUCAACAACACUCUCAAGGUCAACCUCAAAGUCAUGGCUCUCAAGGUCAACCUCAAAGUCAUAACUCUCAAGGUCAUGGCACUCAAAGUCAUGAACAAGGUCAUCAAGGAAGUAAUGAAGCCAUUGGUGCAGAAGAGACGCAAGCUGUGACGGGUUUCGUGCCUGAAGGUGUAGACUUGGUGCCUCCGACGGAAGGAAGCUGGGCCUAUAGCCUCUGGAAGUUUGGCAGAUUACGAUUGCUGACACAAAGCAAAUGUCCCGGCACGUUACAGGGCGAGGUUGUGAGUGUGGGUGAGAAGAUGGAGUAUCAGUCGGGUCUUGGCCUGGAGAUGCAAACAGCUAGUGAUCUGACUAGGAUGUGGCUCAACCUCUCCCUAAACCCAGGAUCAAAGUACCUCAGAGGCAGAAUAGAUUCCAGAACAUCGGAGAUCCUAAGCUGGGAAUGUCUAGAUGGCUCAACCAUGGGUCAGCCACAACAAGCAUUCAGCCCUGGUAUGUGCAUGAAGGUACUGUAUCUAAUCCUUGGCAAGUUAGCGGCUUUAUCCAAGGGCAGAUACCUGCUGAGGCACAGACCUGGAGAUGCUCAUAUCUGCAUCUACCAGUGCGUGGACCCAACCGCCAAGAAUGUACGGGCACCGUAUGACCUUCAUGCAGCUCAUAAAACCAGUCAGCUGAUGACAUCACUUCCUCCCACAAUCCCCUGGGUACCUCUGGAUCCCAGUGCUCCGUAUCGUAGCAACAGAUGGAGGGGCUGUGUCCCUCUCACCUUCCCACCUUCCCCUCAAAACUUCAAGCAUCCAUCAACCCAGCAUGGUGGCAAACACAGGAAGAAGAAUAAGAAGAAGAAAAGAUGAACCUGGGGAACUGCUUGCACAGUAGUACUUAACUAUAGCCUCUUGAUGUGUAGAGAUGUCGCAGUAGUGUGGUUUAAGCACUUGACAUGAAAUGCAAAGGUCAU